AUGCGCCCCUGCCAGGAUGUGCUGACCGUCCAGUUUCCCAGGGAUGUGCUGAGGAGUGUGUUGACCGACCUCCCACAGAAUGACAGCACUACCCUGGACAUACUGAAGAGUGUGCUGACCCUGCUGGAAGCAUCCAAGCGGAUCUGGGAUGAGCUCAGCAGUGUUCUACAGGACCAACAGCUGUGUGAGAUAUUGAGCAUCAGCACAGAGGAGUUGGGCCUCCUUCGCUUGACUGCGAUGCCUCCCACUGAAGAGCUGGUGAAGGAGCUGUGUAAGCCAGCACUGCUCCAGAAGCUUCUGAAUGUGGAAAGCCUGCCAGUGCUCUGGCUGGUGCUCAGACGUCUCGUGCUGCUGUCGGAUAGACCUGAGACGGCAAUUGAAAUCCGGGCCCUGCUUCCAGGCGUCAUGGAGAACCUGCUGUUUGCCAACACAGCCAUUACUGUGAAGGUGCUGAAUAUCUUCAGGAAUGCAAUGCACCAUCUGGGGAAGAGGCACGCCAGUCCGUUUGCUCUGGAGCUGGCUGAGAAGAUCCUGCCUCUUUUUAAUCACGCAUCAUCUGAAGUGCGAGAAGGUUCCAUCCGCCUCUUCAUGGAUGUGAUGGAUGCUGUGCUGUGGUCUCAGAAGGGAAGCAUGAAGAAGACCGUGCGCAGGGCCCUGCUCCCUCUGCUCUUUCACAUGAGUGACGAGACCCUGAGCGUAGCACAGGUACGAAUUUCAGAGCUGAGCAGUGUGCAGGCAGUGGUGUGCUGACAGUUCAGCUGUGAUGUGCAAUUGAGAGCAAGUUCAGCAAGCAUUCAGACACUGGGAUGUGUGUCUGUGUG